GUUGGGACGGUGGCACACCGUGCAAGAUAAAACUCUCCUGCCAAAGGUUCUACUUCCUCAAACCAUCCAGUGUCUCAAAAGGUUCGGGAAGCUAAAACGAAGAUUCAAACUGAUUUGGAGCAAUGGCCACAAAGCUUAUCCACCCUCCAAAAUCUGCUCCAAAUUUGUUUCAUCCAAUAGCAAGCAGUGCCGUAAAGAUAAUGAGAGCUCACAAAGCUCUCUCAGCCACUCACUCAAGUCACAAAAACUGCAGUAGAUUUAGUGAAUAUCCCUUUGGACUAAGAACCAUUGUUUCAACCAAAGCUACUGAAAAAAGUUUUGGAGUUGAAGUUCAGGAUGAGAAGCAGACAAUUCAGCAAACUAAACAAUCCCUUUAUGAUGCACUGCAAGGCAUCAACAGAGGGAUUUUCGGAGUUUCAUCGGAAAAGAAAGCCGAGAUUACAAGACUGAUAGAGCUGCUGGAGUCUCAAAAUCCAAGUCCAGAACCAACUGUGAAUAUAGAGAAGAUGGGAGGAACUUGGAAGCUUGUUUACAGCACCAUCACCAUCCUGGGGUCAAAAAGAACCAAACUAGGAUUGAGAGACUUCAUUAGCUUGGGAGAUUUCUUCCAGGACAUUGAUACAGUUGAGGGGAAAGCAGUCAAUGUGAUUGAGUUCAGCGCUAAAGGUCUCAAUUUGUUCCGGGGGCAGCUAAAAGUUGAAGCAACUUUCAAGAUUGCUUCUAAAUCAAGGGUUGAUAUACGGUAUGAAAAUUCUACAAUCACUCCUGAACAGCUGAUGAAUCUAUUUCAGAAAAACUACGAUCUUCUUCUCAGCAUUUUCAACCCAGAAGGCUGGUUGAAUAUAACAUAUGUAGAUGAUAAUUUAAGAAUAGGAAGGGAUGACAAGGGCAAUAUCUUUGUAUUAGAGAGAUCAUGAAAAGGGCAGUCUAAGUAUCAAGAAUUCUUGGAUUAACCUCCAUGUAACCAAUUUAUAUUUUUUUUCCCACAGAAUGGAGUGAUUUUACUGUUAAAAUAUCAAAGCAGUUACAAAUGAUUAAAAAGUA